AUGUGGGCGGCGGUGGCGAUUGUGGCGUUUUUCUUAUUUGUCCACUAUACUAACAAACCUAGACACUAUCUGCUGAACAACCCCUUCGCCCUGGCGUUGGCGGGCGAGUACGUCCACCACCGCAGCCCGCCGCCGGUGCCCAACCAGCGGGGCCAGCAGCGCCCGCCGCAACAGCGACCGCGCCAGAUCAGCCCCCGGUCGCCCCACGACGGCGCCGCGGCGCCGCCGCGUCCCGCCAUGCCCCCGCCGCUGUACGAAGAGGCGGCGGGCCCCCAGGCGGCGCGGAGCGAGUACCCUCGGGAAAAGGCGCUGGCGUCGAGCCUGAGCCGCGCCCACACCCUGCCCCAGCGGCGGCCGACGGGGCUGCUGCUGUCACACCGCCACCGCGAGCGGCGUCUCUCCGACUCGUCGGUCGACCAGCGCCGCAGUCACCGCGACCGCGACCGCGACCGCCGCCGCAAAAAGCGCUCGCCCAAGAAGCCCGAGCCGGUGAAGCUGAAGAACUUGGACACCAUCGACAAGUUGGACGUCACCGCGUUCUUUGGCGGCGGCUUCCACCACGACGGGCCCUUCGACGCCUGUGCCCCUCACCGCAAUAAGAACACCACCAAGUUGGCGCCGGUGGAGGCGUUCCCCAUCGACGGGCCCAACAACUCGUUGACGCUGUUCCCCCAGCCUAAGGACCAAACGUUGAACUUGGCGUUUGGCAACUACGACCCCGACCAGGGCGAGAUCGUCGGGCGCAAGGCGCUGGUGAAGUACGGCGUGCGCCGCGUCGCCGCCGACGACGACGACGACACCCCGCAACCGUUCACCGGCACCACCCCCGCCGACACCGACGUCCCUCACGUGAACCCCAAGAUCACCGCGUUCAACGCCAACGGCAAGGCCGAGGAAGUGCACGGGGUGCCCACGGCGGGGUUGGGGUCGCUGACGUUUAUCGACGGCGCCCCGGCGCCGCGGCUGGCGCUGCAGGGCCUGGAGCCCCCCCUCGGCCGCAAGAAGCUGUUGGUGUACCGGUUGCGCAAGAACCUGAGUGUCGAGGACACCCUGCGGCGCAGCUCGGUCGACGACACCGACAACGACCGGGCGACGCUGCUGUUGAUCCGCCGGGUGAAGAGUCUCAAGGUGAGACGGUGA